AAGAAAGAGCAUCUAUCCCAUCAGCUAGAAAGAGAAAAACAAAGAGAUGAGGAACAAGAGGCUAGCUCCUACCACUUGCUCAUCUUCAAAGACCAACAGCGCCAAGGAAGAAGAGCCACACCUCUCAGGGGCUUACAUUAGGAGCCUUGUGAAAUACCUUAGCUCCUCCUCUACAGCGAGAUCCAAAGACCACCAUCACAUCACCAUGGGCACCAAGCCGCAGCAAGAAGAGCAACAAGCGCCCCAAACCACACCACCAUCUCUACAGCAGCAGCAGCCACACAAGAAGCAGGUGAGGAGGAGGCUGCACACAAGCAGGCCAUACCAGGAGAGGCUACUCAACAUGGCGGAGGCCAGGCGAGAGAUCGUCACUGCUCUCAAGAUCCACAGAGCCUCCAUGAAAGAAGCCAAGGAGCAGCAGCAACAUCAACAACUUGUGCAACAAUUGCAGCAUCAGCAAGAGGUCCAGGUAGUGCAAGAUCAUAGGGUAGUUUGUAGUGCUCCCACCAUGAGCUCAUAUGGUUCCUUCUCAGAUUUCCCAUUUGCACACUCCCCAGCAACCAACAGUAGUUGCUCAUAUUAUUCAUCCCCACUCCUCCCUUACCACACACCAGCAGCUCCACCCAUGGUUCCCAUGGUUGAUGCUCUAGAUCACCUCCUGCCCCUGCCUACUCAGCCACUUGGGCUCAACCUGAGCUUCCAUGGCUUCGGCGGGGGUGUAGCUGGCGAAGAUGCCAAGAACAACACGGCUUCUAGCUUCUUUGAUCCUCCUCCGUUGCUCCAACAACCUUCGCCUGCCUCCUCCUACUCAGUCUACUCGUCUCCGCCGGGGACGACGAUGGCGAGCCAGGACGUGGCGUCCGCCACCGCCGAGAACACUUCACCGUCGCUACACCAAGUGCUGGAUGAGGAGGAGAUGGCGGCGAUCUACUCGGUUGGGGAGCGGCACGACAUCGAGUGGAGCGACACGCUGAACCUGGCCACGUCGGUGUGGUGGAGCACGCUCCUCGACGACGGCGCUGCGGCGGCGCACCAGUCAGACUCAGUGGAUGUCCCGGGGAUGCAUCUGGGUGAUGUGUACUACGGCGAAGACGUCUCAUUCCCACGCAUGGAGAUAGGAGAGAUGGAAGGAUGGGACGAGGAGUGGCUCUCAUGACAUGUCGUCCAAUCUAGUCGAACAACUAGGUCUCCAAAGAAUGGUGCAUGCAUGCAUCUCUGCUGAAGUGUUAUCAAUUGAAGAAUUGCCCACUCUAGCCGGCACAAAUAGAGACUAGGAUUGGUGAAAUCUAAUGACCAUGUACUACUACUUUACUACGUCCAAGUUAUAGCGUGUUUUUUCCAGUCUGAAAAAUAAAACACGUUCUGGUUGUAGCCAGGGACGUGCAUGCUAUGCUUGAUCAGGGAAGUGUGAGAUGCAGCAUGCAUGCAGCCAUGCGACCCCUUAAUUGGGCAGUACGAGGAGAGUGUGGACAGCUUCAUUAUUUUUACUUUCAGUCUGAGAAAUAUUUCAACCACAGCCGAAUUUCAGUUUGUCUUUUGACCGAAGGACAGAAAUAUUCAUUAGAAUUUGAUGAAAUAUUUGUUUUUU